AUGCGCAUCUUCGCGCCGAAUACCGUCGUCGCCAAGUCCCGUUUCUGGUACUUCCUGAUGAAGCUACGCAAAGUGAAGAAAUCCAACGGCGAGAUCGUAGCCUUGAACAUCGUGCACGAGAAACGUCCUCUCAAAGUCAAAAAUUUUGGCAUCUGGAUCCGCUACGACUCCCGCUCCGGCACCCACAACAUGUACAAGGAGUACCGUGAGAUGAGUCGCACCGAUGCCGUCGAGGCCCUGUAUCAGGACAUGGCGGCCAGACAUCGUGCUAGGUUUAGGAGUAUUCAUAUCCUGAAAGUCGUCGAACUUACGUCUCCCAACGACGUCAAGCGUCCUUACAUCAAGCAACUGAUCUCCAGGAACCUCAAAUUCCCACUUCCUCAUCGCUCCUCCAAGUCGAAGAAACUCUUUGCCCGGACUCGACCCAGCACGUUUGCAUAA